AUGCUAUUGCUGAUAGAAAGAGUGUGCUUUGGCGAAAAGGAAUGGGACUUGUUCGUAUUAAGUAUGACGUGGCCCGCCACACUUUGUAAAUUUAGUAAACUGUAUAACAAAGAUCACCAGAGAUGUAUCACCUCUGAUAUGUGGGAAAUCCACGGGUUAUGGCCCUCUCUUAGCAAUGGCGCUCGUUCUCCAGAGUACUGCAACAUAUCUCACAGCUUUAGUCCAGAUGAAAUAAGGGAUAUAUUGAGCAAACUAGAAAAAUACUGGGCAGAUGAGCUCCCUGGUAAAAACAAAUAUCAGUUUUGGAAACAUGAAUGGGAAAAGCAUGGGAGAUGUGCUACAGUUGUGAAAGCCACAGGAACUGAACUCAAAUAUUUUAACACGACGAUUGCUCUUCGCUUAAAGUAUGACGUGGACAGGAUGUUGUCUUCGGCUGACAUCAAACCAGGAAGGUCAUACAAGCUGCUGGAUAUCAAGAAAGCCGUGAGCAGAAAAACAGGAGCCAUGCCCCGCGUUUUAUGUGGAAUCUAUAAGCGCAAGGCUUGGAUUUCGCAGCUACAAAUCUGCAUGAACAAAGACUUUAAAGUCACCAACUGCCCAUCGCCAAAGAGUUCAUCUGAAGCAGACUAUCCUGACAAUAAGAAAAAGACUUUGCCACCAUCAGACCGGUGUUUCGACAUGGUGUUUUACACAGAAAAAGUGAAUACCUCUUGACUGUUAUUUUUAAAAUUCACAUAUAUUUCCUCCUUUCUCUCAUGUUACAGUUUCUUAUGAUGCGUCCGUUCGUUCACAUUUCUAAAAAAGUUAACUUUAAUCCAUGGAAAAACUUAUCUUUAACUUUGUUUUACAUCAUUACCGACAAAGAGCAUUGUACAUACAAAAGUGAUAAAAGCCCUUGAGUAUCAUCAAUAU